GCUCCCUGCAGCAGCCAUAUUGGAAUGCUGGAUGUGGAGAGAGGGGAAGCAGGAACAAGCGACGAGACGAAAGGGAGAGGGGGGUGAUAGGCAGGAGCGAAAAACAGUAACUGGAACUGCCUUGGCUCUUCAAGUAAAAUAACGGAUUAUAUACCAAUCAAUAAUACCUUCUCUCACCGGUGAAGUCUCCCAGAACCCUCCGGACGUCCCCUGGAACAAGUCAACAUAUUUCCAGGAUUGCCUACUACACAGAAUAUGACAGACACCUAGCAGCAGCAGUGUCAGCAGGGAAAACCAUGGCCACGGCCUACAUGGACCCCAACCUGAACCAUGCCCUCCUGGGAGGAGCCAAGUCUCGGCUGAGUGCAGGGGGGUCGGAUCGAACCAUGGCUGGCUCCGUGGACAGGGUUCUGAAAGUCUUCCAUCACUUUGAAACUAACACUGAACACAGCUGUUGGUCCUCUAAUAUCAGAUAUGGAGACGCAACUGAUGUCAGGGGUAUCAUCCAGAAGAUCCUGGACAUCCACAAAGUGCGCUGGACAUCUUGUUUUGGCCUGCGGCUCACCAACAGCCAAUCCAGAGACCAGGUGCACUGGCUCCACCCUGAUAUGGGUGUUUCACACGUCAGAGAGAAAUAUGAACAGGCACGACCAAACGAGGAGUGGAGGUAUGAAUUAAGGAUCCGGUAUCUUCCAAAGGGCUUUGUUCAGCAGUUUACAGAAGACAAACCCACGCUCAACUACUUCUACCACCAGGUGAAGAAUGACUACAUGACAGAGAUCGGGGAUCAAGUGGAACAAGAUGUAGCUCUUAAACUUGGCUGUCUAGAAAUCAGGAGGUUCUUCAAAGAGAUGAGAGGAAACGCCCUGGACAAGAAAUCCAACUAUGAGCUACUGGAGAAGGACGUCGGUUUGAGGCGCUUUUUCCCAAAAGAUUUGUUGGAUUCAGUCAAGGCCAAAACCCUCCGAAAGUUGAUUCAGCAGACAUUUAAGCAGGUAGCCAAUCUGAACGACGAGCAGUGCACCCUCAAGUUUUUGGAAAUUCUUGCACCCAUCUACCGCUACGACAAGGAGUGCUUCAAAUGUGCCCUGGGGUCCAGCUGGGUGAUUCAGGUGGAGUUAGCUAUCGGCCCAGAGGAGGGGAUUAGCUACCUCACUGACAAGGGAUCCACACCCACCCAUCUAGCCAACUUUAACCAAGUUCAGUCCAUCCAGUACUCAGCGAUGGAGGAGAAGGACAGGAAAGGGAUGCUACAGCUCAAUGUGGCUGGAGCCGCUGAGCCUCUCACUGUUACGACAGCAUCACUCAACAUGGCGGAGAACUUGGCUGACUUGAUUGACGGCUAUUGUCGACUCUUCUCCAAUGAAACUCAGUCAUUCAUCAUGAGAGCACAGAAAGAGGGAGAGAGAGCACUUCCUUCCAUCCCAAAGGUGUCCAAUAAUGAGAAGAAGUUGGAGGCAGUCAGGAGUGGAGUAAGAGCCAUCUCUGUCUCAGAGGAUCUUAGCGGGGAUGAGACUGAUGACUAUGCAGAGAUAGUGGAUGAAGAGGACACAUACACCAUGCCCUCAAUCUGCUAUGGAGUAGUUGAAGUCGACUUGAAAACAUCCAGAUUGCUCUGUCCUGCGCGGGAUUAUGAGAUCCAGAGGGACAGGAUAGAGCUGGGCCGCUGCAUAGGAGAGGGUCAGUUUGGAGAUGUACACCAAGGAGAGUAUAACAGCCCGGACAAACCAUCUCUACCUGUCGCCAUUAAGACGUGUAAGAACUGUACGUCAGACAGUGUCAGAGAAAAGUUCCUGCAAGAAGCAUUGACAAUGCGUCAGUUUGACCAUCCCCACAUUGUGAAGCUAAUCGGAGUGAUCACAGAAAACCCUGUGUGGAUCAUCAUGGAGCUCUGUACUCUUGGAGAGUUGCGUUCGUUCCUCCAGGUGAGGAAGUAUAGUUUGGAUUUAGCUACGCUCAUUCUGUUUGCCUACCAGCUCAGCACAGCACUGGCAUAUCUGGAGAGUAAACGCUUUGUACACAGGGACAUAGCCGCCCGAAAUGUGUUGGUCUCAUCCCUGGACUGUGUGAUGCUCGGAGACUUUGGUCUAUCACGAUACAUGGAGGACAGCUCGUAUUACAAAGCUUCUAAAGGUAAACUUCCCAUCAAAUGGAUGGCUCCUGAAUCCAUCAACUUCAGGAGAUUCACCUCUGCAAGUGACGUGUGGAUGUUUGGUGUGUGUAUGUGGGAGAUUUUGAUGUACGGCAUAAAGCCUUUCCAGGGGGUGAAGAAUAAUGACGUGAUUGGCAGGAUAGAGAAUGGCGAGCGAUUGGCUAUGCCUCCACAGUGCCCUCCCACUCUCUACAGUUUGAUGACCAAAUGUUGGUCGUAUGACCCCAGCAAGCGGCCGAGAUUCACUGAGCUCAAAACACAACUCAGCACCAUACUGGAAGAGGAGAAGCUUCAGCAAGAGGAGAGACAACGAAUGGAGAUGAGGAGACAAGUGACGGUGUCUUGGGACUCUGGAGGCUCUGAUGAAGCACCGCCUAAACCCAGUAGACCAGGUUACCCCAGUCCUCGCUCCAGUGAAGGCUUCUUCUCCAGCCCCCAACUCAACCACUUCCCGCCAUCAGCCCAUGGUGGUGUGGGAGGAGUGGGAGGCAGCUAUCCUCCUUCUGAUUCCUGGAACCAGCACAGACCUGAACACACUGCACUGUGGAGCCCUAAUGUGGAGGACAGUGGAUGUGUCGGCCAUGCUAUGAUGGAGGAGAGGCUGAUGAUGCAGCAGCAGCAGAUGGAGGACGACCAGCGGUGGCUGGAGCAGGAGGAGAGCUUCAUGAAGACAGAGUCCAGAAAUAGCAGAGGAAGCAUCGACCGAGAGGAUGGCACACUACAAGCACCGGGAGGAAGCCAACAUAUCUACCAGCCUGUGGGGAAACCAGAACAUGUAGCACCUCCCAAAAAACCACCUCGCCCUGGAGCUCCUUGUCACUUAGGCAACCUGGCCAGCCUCGGCCCCAUUGACAGCUACAAUGAGGGAGUGAAGCCGUGGAGGCUGCAGCCGCAGGAGAUCAGCCCGCCUCCCACCGCAAACUUGGAUCGUUCAAACGACAAAGUCUAUGAGAACGUGACGGGAUUGGUUAAAGCUGUGAUUGAGAUGUCCAAUAGGAUUCAGCCUGCAGCCCCUGAGGAGUACGUCCCCAUGGUUAAGGAGGUGGGUCUGGCACUGAGAACUCUGCUAGCAACAGUCGAUGAGACACUUCCUGUGCUGCCAGCCAGCACACACAGAGAGAUUGAGAUGGCCCAGAAGUUGCUGAAUUCAGAUUUGGCCGAGUUAAUAUCAAAGAUGAAACUGGCCCAGCAGUAUGUCAUGACAAGUUUACAAAAAGACUACAAGAAACAGAUGCUUAUGGCAGCUCACGCCCUCGCAGUCGACGCCAAGAACCUACUGGAUGUCAUCGACCAAUCGCGGCUCAAGAUGAUCACCCAGCCCCGCCCUCAUUAGUUUCUGACACUUUGGACUCAGAGAGUGCAGUACAAGCAAGUCACAAAGAGAAGAGAACGUUCUGAAUGGAUUAUCAGAGAUAGAUGGAUGAAGAAAUGAACUGAUGGACAGCAGACAUGACUAAAACAAUCAGCUCCCUCUUCUCUUCCCUCAAACAUUCAUAGUUUCUGUUUUCUCUCUGGCGACGGUCAUGUUUCAGUGUUGUUGUUUUUUUGUAAUUUCUGUCGCAUUAGUUGCUUUUGUAUACAGAGAAACACUCCUCUCUCCAAUCAUGUAUCCUCCAGAGACGAGAUUUUUAAAGCAUCAUCCAUUACUACUUUUACAUUUUUUGUAUGACUCAAAGGUUUCUGAGGCUCGCAUGAAGGACUGCAGAGGUAUUUUGCGGACAUAUAUUUGCCACAUUAACAACACUUUACAUAUACGCAGGAUGUAACAACUGGAACUGAAGAGCCAGGAGGAAGGGGAAAAUGAAGAUGAUGCGAUAAAACUGUUUAAAAAUGCUUUUAUACCAUUAUUAAUUAUUAUUUUUUAUUUUCAGCAUUGACUCUUACAGCUUGUCUCUAUGUCAGUCUUUCAAUCUCCCUCUUGAAAUGGGCAAAAAUCUUUGAUUUAAAUAUCAUUAAUGUCAUAUUUCAUCUCUUUUUUAAUUUUAUUUUUCUAGAUCUCAGGCUCUAAGAGAUUGCAAAAAACAAAACAAAUAUAAAGGUUACAUUUUGAAGAACAAAUUAAAUGUCACAGGCCACUUUUUUUUAAGUUAACUUGCAUAGUAAAUAUACAAAGAAGCUAUAUUUUUAACUGAGGCAUAAAUUAUGUGUGAAAAAGGGAGAGGGGUGAAGAGGGAGGGGGUUAAGAGAUGGAGGGAGGAUGUUUUUUAGUUACAGCAGAGGUGCUGAUGAUACUCUACAUUUGGUCACCCUGUGCCUAUUUAAUGUUAAUCAAAAUGCUCAAAAUAGUUUUCUCAUAAAUAUAGUUUGACAAAUAUAAUAUUGAACCUAAAGGACUGAAACUGCAGUCUAGAAUCAGUGAUAGAUGCACCCAAAACAAGUAUCUUUUCAUAUUUGUUUUACAAUUCAGAUUGGUCACCAAAAAGGGUGUACUCACCUUUAUCAGUCAUACUUUUCCCAAUAUUUCUACUUCUAUAUCAUAGAGUUAUUUGUACUUUUAUCCCCUCUCUCUUUUCUUGCUCUGUCUUCCUGUUCCCAUCCUUCCCUUCAGCUGUGACUUCCUCUCCUCCCUCUAGAUCCUCUCUCCAUCCCCAUGUUCCCUCUCUCCUGGGGUGAGCAGUAUUCUCAGGAAGGAGUCACAUGUACAGUUGCUAAACCAAGCAAAUAAAACACUGUUAUCAUAAGAGAAA